GGUUGCGUCACCUGAGGCACUUCCGGGACAUCUCGUGACUGGUUUUAUUUACCAGCAGUCAAACUGUGGAGUAAAUCUACGACAUUUACCGGCUUCUGUCGGUAUUCAUGGGGCCAGACGACCCCCAGAGAAAUGUAAACAUGCCUUUCAGAAGACACCUCUUCAGUUAAAGCUGCCGAAAAACAAGAACCAUGUGGAGAGUUCACGGGUUUGUUGGAAGAGUUCUGCACCGAUUCCACGGCAGCACCCCCUUGCGAUUGCCCCAGAACCAGGGGCAGUCUCAGGGUCUGGGGGAGGUCGAGGUCAUCAACAGUUCGGUUGUCCUCUCCAGCUCUCGACACUCCUUUGACAUCAGCUCUCAGAAAGAGGAGGAUGGAGAGGAGAAGAAGAAGAAACAGAAGACCUCUCAGUUUGGUUACACGGAGCUUCCCCGUUACACAGCCCUGGAUGCCGUGGGAUGGGGUGCUGCUGCAGUGCUUUUCAUGCAGAUGUGUAAGAGGAUCCACUCCCAGUUCUCCUCAAACACUGAGCAGAGUCCCAUCCCUGGGGUCCUGACCACCCCCUCCGCCCUGCAAAAGUGUGGCUACCACAUCCUGCUGGAAAUCUUGUCCACACGUGAUGUCCUGCCCAGAGGACGCAGUGUGUUGUGUCUGCAGGGGGUGCCAGAGAGACAGGAUCAGGCUCAGAGCAACAACAACAGCAGCAGCAGCAACAGCAGCAGCAGCAGCAGCAGCAGCAGCAGCAGCAGCAGCAGCAGCAGCAGCAGCAGCAGCAGCAGCAGCAGCAGAACUGAAGCAGAGGCCAGCCUCCACAGCAGCAGUGAGCAGGACCAUCUGAUCGAUGACUGCUCCAUCUCCGGCCAACAGAGGGCGCUCUUGAGCCAGGAGUCUCCUACACCUGAGGAAUCACAUCUGUCAGCAUCCUGUCCUCUGCAGAAUGAUGCCAACCAAGACAACAGCGAGACAAAAGAUGCUAACGAAAAGGACAUGUUGUCUGAUGAGGAGAGGCUGGCAGGAGCAGCACUGAAUCUCAGACAUGUGGGAGAAACCAGCAUCCCUGUCAUCCUCAACAUCAUCGGUCUAGAAAAUGCCAAUAGUAAAAACUAUGAGGAAGCAUUUACAUGUUUUCUAGCUGCAGCUCAGCAGGGUUACGGCAAGGCCCAGUUCAACACAGGUGUGUGCUACGAGAAAGGCAGAGGAGUCGACAAAGACAAGCAGAAGGCUCUGUAUUACUACUGGCAGGCAGCAGUUUGGGGCCACAGACAGGCUCAGUACCGAUAUGCAAAGCUGCUUCUGACCAGCAGGGGACAGCAGAGUUUAGAGCAGCUGAACACGGUCAUCAACUUACUGGAACAGGCUGCUGCUGCAGGACUCACCAAGGCUCAGGUCUGCCUCGCCUCGGUCUACUCUCAGGAGCCAGUGAGAGACGGCAGCAGGUCUGUGCAGUACCUGCAGAUGGCAGCAGAGAAUGGAGACGACACCGCCCUGAUGUUGUUGGGUCAGUGUUUUGAGUGCGGCUUUGGGGUGCAGCAGGAUCUGAGGACAGCGAUGAAAUACUACAAGCGAUCUGCUCAGGCAGGCAACAAGCAGGCUAAGAGCUUACUGACGCCUCCUAAUGAUGCGUCCAGAAAGGCUGAAGAUGCCGUUUUGCGCUCCAUCCGCUCGGCUCCAUGUUUCUCUGAAGCUGAGCUACCUCUCUCCUGGAGCACAGGGAGCCUGUGUGUCCCCCCGGCGCUGUCCUGCACCCCUCUGCACCUUCACUCCAGCACCACUGAGGGAGGAGCCUGCCAGUGGACUGUCGGGAUAGGAUAGUUAUACCGAGCCGCACAGACAGGUCAAACAGAGGAAUGUAUUUUAAAGAGUGAAUGUAUUUUCAACACAGAAAAAAGUUCAGAGUGUGUGAGGUGUGUACAUUUUGGGAACUCUGAACUGGUGUGAAUAGAUUUUAUACAUCAUAUAUGCCUGAAGACAAAUGUUGACAAUGUUUUGUAAGUCUGAAGAGGAAAGAAAAGGUCUUAAAGUAUUAUGUGUAGAAAGAAAAUGUGAUGCUUUUUGUAAUUAUAUUUGUUCUUACACUACAGCGUUUUUUGUGAUAUAAGUUCUCUGAGUAAGAAAAUGUGAUAAUGUGCCUUUAAUGGGUUGAGAAUCACAGGUGGUUACUUGUUUCUCUCCUUAUGAAGUUCAAUCGCAUAAAAAGUGUUGUUAUAAAUGUGUCUGUAAACUGUAUUGCUGGGUUGAUACCACUGAAACUUUAAGCUAAUGUCAUAUUUUAACCUUCAAUAAUACUCCAACUAUAUCUUUGUAGAAGAACAACUGCAGAGGAGAAAAGGGAAAUGCUUUGUGAUGGUCAAACCUGGUUAACAUGCCAAAGUGAAUUAUGAUGCACUGAUGUUGUACUGUUAUAGACACUUAAUAAGUAAAACAAAAAAUAAACCCAUGAAAGCCUU